AUGCAGACCAGCUUCAGGAGCGGUGCUCUGCGGAGCGCCGGGCAGCAGCCAGGCAGCAAGCGUCGGGCCUCGUGCCAAUGCAGCGCGUUCCUGCCGCAUGCAGGGCGGCAGCAGCAUCAAAUGCAGCACAAGCAGGUUGCUCUGGCUCUACCAGGCGACCGUAGCAGCAGCAGGAGGCGACUGGAGCCUUUGAAUGCUCAGCGGCGCUCGCCAGUCAUCGCGCCGGACAUCGCCAUCGGCAGCGGCGAGGACCAGUCGUUCAUGGACCUGUACAAUUACCUCCUGCGGCAGCGCAUCAUCUUCCUAUCAGGAUACGUCAAUGACAAGUGUCUGCAGCAGCAGCAGCAGCAGCAGCAGCAGCAGCAGCAGCAGCAGCAGCAGCAGCAGCAGCAGCAGCAGCAGCAGCAGCACCAACAAUACGAACUUGCGACCCAGAUUGUGGGCAGCCUGCUAGCCCUCGAGGCGCUCGACGAGGAGGAGGAGAUCCGCGUGUACAUCAACUCCCCUGGCGGCCAGCCCUACUCCAUCAUCGGCGUCGUCGACACCAUGCAGUCCAUCAAGCCGCCCAUCAAGACGGUCACCCUCGGCGCCUGCUACAGCUACGCCAGCCUGCUUGUGGCUGCGGGCACCAAAUGCCGGCGGUACAGCAUGAAAAACACGCGCAUCAUGAUGACCCAGCCCAUGGGCGGCUCCCAGGGUGACAUUUACCAGAUCGCAGCGACUGUGGCGGAGCUCAACGCCAUCUACCAGCUCAUCGCCCGCUACUACAUCAAAUUUACGGGCAUGACUGCCGACGAGAUUGAGCGCGCCACCAACAGGGACACCUUCAUGACACCAGAGGAGGCACAGCAGGCCGGGCUCAUCGACGGCAUCAUUCGCGGCGAUGGCGGCACCGACUACACCACCCCCCCGGGCGUGGUGCGGCAGCUGGAGGACCUCGGCUUCGUCGACCGCCUCACAGGCGGCGUGCUCAAGACGGGGCGCAGCUUCUGA